AUGCAUAUGGGAGGUGUUGACUUGGCAGACAUGUUGAUAGCCCUUUAUAGGAGCCAAAUGAAAAGUCGCAGAGACUCCGAGUGUCAGUCUUCCAGUCAGAAGGCAUAUCCCAUCGAAACCAAAAGACGGGUAUUGAGAGGUAUAGAUAGAGAUGCCGUGAUUGAAGCCUCUAUGGUCCAAUCUAGGCUAUUCUCACCAACUGGGCUUGUAGAAAUUGAGACGGAGGCAACUUAG